UGUGGUUUGACCAACACAACAUUGUAUACCAAAAGCUUCAAUAAAAGCCUAUUCCCGCCCCACCAGACAGGGUCAAGGUCUUGGCGCAAUUUUGGCCAAGUUAACGUCAGCAAAUUAAAAUCCAACAGAUCCUAGACAGCCUAAUAACCCUAGUACGUCAGUGCUUCAGCCUACUGCAUACUCCGCAAUAGGUAGCAGAUGCGUCGUCACUGGCAAAGUCCAAGCGUCUUUUGGAUGGAUGCAGUCUGACAAUGCGAACAAUGACGCGGUCAGGUUUGCAGCCUACACUACGUGAAAGUCGGAGAAGAAUGGAUGUAUCUGCUUCAUAGACCGGCAGGCAUGAUAAAUCACAUAUAAGGAGGACCGGUGCCCCAAUCUCUCGACUCAUCUUCAUCAUCUAAAACCGUUUUCUCACCUCUACUGCAUCAGUAUAACAACAAUGGCUGGUCCUGUCCCAAAACCAGAGUGCCUCCUGGGCUUCCACCAGGUCUUGUCACCCACUGCUGGUAUCAAGGUGUCUCCGCUAUGUCUGGGCACUAUGAACUUUGGAACAGCCUGGGAGCCAUACAUGGGUCAAUGCAGCAAGGAGAUAUCCUUCGCAAUCUUGGAUACCUUUUUCGACCACGGUGGAAAUUUUAUCGACACUGCCAAUGUAUACCAGGACGGACAAUCCGAAACAUGGAUUGGAGAGUGGAUGAAGAAGCGUGGGAAUCGAGACCAGAUGGUCAUCGCAACCAAAUACACGACCGGCUUCCGCCGCACACACGUGUCCACUGAGCCCAUCCAAUCGAACUUCGUCGGAAAUUCCGUGAAAUCCAUGAACCUAUCUGUCAAGAACAGCCUCGAAAAGCUUCAGACUGACUACAUUGACCUUCUCUACGUGCAUUGGUGGGAUUUCACCACCAGCGUGGAGGAAGUCAUGCAUGGUCUCAACGCACUCGUCUCGGCCGGAAAGGUCCUCUACUUGGGCGUCUCCGGAACUCCGGCUUGGCUAGUAGUUAAGGCAAAUGCAUACGCGCGCGCAAACGGACUCAGACCGUUCUCUGUUUACCAGGGCAAAUGGAACGCCGGAUUCAGAGAUUUAGAAAAUGAGAUUGUGCCUAUGUGUCGCGACCAAGGGAUGGCAAUCGCACCUUUUGCAGUGCUAGGCCAAGCGAAGUUCAGACCCGCAGAGCAGCGCAACGCAGAGUAUAAGGGCUCUGGACGAGCGGCGCUCCGGGUUGAGGAGGAUGACAAGGUUUCUGAUGUGUUGGAGGCUGUUGCCAAACGGAAUGAGACAAGUCUUUAUGCCAUUGCUCUCGCGUGGGUCCGCUUCAAGGCACCUUACGUCUUCCCCAUUAUUGGACAACGGAGUGUAGCGCACAUGAAAGCCAACAUUGAAGCUCUGAGCGUCGAUCUGUCCAAGGAGGAUAUGGAUGAGAUUGAUAAGGCCAUUAAAUUCAAUCCUGCCUUCCCACUCGACUACCUCCUCGCCGGCAAUUUCAGUACUGCCUUUACCGCAGCAGAUGUUCAAUUGACGCAGUGGACCGCGCAUAUCGAUGCUCCAACUCCUGUGAUGCCGGUCAGACCGCGUAAGGAUUUGUAAAUUGACAUGACGGGUCAUUGUGGGUGCUUCAUCCGCUGUUGAUGAUAUAGGGGGACGAUAGAUUCGCAGUUCUUAUGGGGGCCGCAGGAGAUUCAUGACCCAAAUCUCGGGGAUAGUUAGGCUAACAGAUUUGUAUGUUGUCUAGACGAUUUCGAGUUCAGUCUACAUGGUAGCUUCUUAGUGCCUAUGCCUUUCACAUCUGAUAUGAUACAUUUCAAGAAUG